ACCUGCUGGGACCUGAACCAGAGAUGAUAUUUUUAUGACACAGUGUUGUCUGCAUCCCCGUAAGAAGUCAGAAGUGUCAGAAAACAGUCUCCAGGUCUAAGCUACUGAGUCAAGAGUGGAUUGAUCCGACUGUAGGAAACGCCGUUGAGAGGCAGAUUCCUCACCAUAGGAACCCUAUGGCUGACCUAACUGUCAUGGCGCCUGAAGACCUUGAUUCCGAGGACAAGGAGAUGUUAAGCUGGGAUAUUAACGAUAUGAAACUGCCACAGAAUGUGAAAAAGACCGACUGGUUCCAGGAAUGGCCCGAUUCCUACGAGAAGCACAUCUACAGCUCAGAGGACAGGAACGCGCAGCGGCACCUGAGCAGCUGGGCCAUGCGCAACACCAACAACCACAACUCCCGCAUCCUCAAGAAGUCCUGCCUGGGCGUGGUGGUGUGCAGCCGCGACUGCUCUGCCGAGGAGGGCCGUAAGAUCUACCUGCGACCCGCCAUCUGCGACAAAGCCCGGCAGAAGCAGCAGAGGAAACGCUGUCCAAACUGCGACGGGCCUCUGAAGCUCAUUCCUUGCCGAGGCCAUGGGGGCUUCCCGGUCACCAACUUCUGGAGGCACGACGGACGCUUCAUAUUCUUCCAGUCAAAGGGAGAGCAUGAUCAUCCAAAACCAGAAACCAAAUUGGAAGCCGAGGCAAGAAGAACAAUGAAAAAAGCACACGUGGCAUCUGCCUCUGUCCCCUUAAAGCUGAAGGAGAGCCCAGAGACAAAGUCUCUUCCAGGUGAAACCCAAAGUUGGGGAAGUUUUCCUUUAACUUGGUCUUUCCAGGAGGGCGUCCAGUUGCCCAGUAGUUACAAUGGACAUUUAAUAGCUAACACUCCCCAGCAGAAGUCUCUGAAUGAUUGCUUGUUCUUCUCCAAGAGCUGUUGCUUGGGGGGAACCACUGACCUGGAAGACCCCACUUCCAUCUUGGGCCCCACUAAGCUCUAUGACAAAUGCAAACUGUCCAGUAGUUGGAUCUGUAAUGGUGGGGACCUGCUUCAUCCUGUUUCCGGAGUCUUCUCUGACUACGGUGAUCGGCAAACAUGGAAUAUAAAUACUGCCUUGGGGAGACAGUCUCUUAAUGACAACUGUUGUCCCAGUCACCCUUUCCCUCUGACCAGCUGGCCUUAUGACUUCUCCCCUUCCCAGAGCUCUGCAGAACUCUUUCCCCAGCAGAUUCCAGUGGAACCGCCUGCGGCCGAAAGUAGCUGUCGCCCACUAUGGCCUAAUCCAGGGGGUGAGCUUUAUGAAGAGAGGCUGCAUGUGGAUUUUAACAGCUGCUGCCCUUCCUCCACAUGCCACUCACCUCAGGAAGACCCCUUUCUCUUUGCCUACGCCUCCCAUCCCCACCAUCAAUACUCAUUGACAGGCAAGAGCAGCAAAUGGGAUUUUGAUGAAGACAUGAGGGGCGUGGGUUUGGAUCAUUACAGCAAUGAGAUGCUUCUAAACCUCUGUCCUUUAAGAUGAUCCAAACUGAAAACCUGUACACUAUUAGCAGGACUACAAUUUAGUGCAGACUCUCUGGAAAACAGUAUGGAAGGUUCCUUAGAAAACUCAAAGUAGAACUACCUGCACUCCCGUGGUCAUUGCAGCAGCAUUCACAAUAGCCAAAGUAUGGAAACUGCCUAAGUGUCCAUCAGCAGAGGAAUGGAUAAAGAAAAUAU